GAAAAUCUUUGCAACAUUAUUUUGCCGACAUCAAACAAAUGUGAUAAGGACAUAAAUAGGAAAAGGAUAAGUCGUCGGUUUUACGUUAGCAAAAAUAAGAAGCGAAAUGUGAUUUUUAUGAUUGGUUAACCAAACCAUAUUUCCAAUCCAACAAAACAUUAAUUUUCAUUGAGUUACAUUAAGGUACAUCACUGUUUCGAGCUAACGUCAAAAUAAUCUCAAUGCACACAUGCAAAUACAUGCUAUCUACUUGCUAAAAUAUCUGCCAAAUUAUUCGGCUGCAGCAAGUGGUAGCAAGUAGUGGCUAAACGGCAAGUGAUACGUGUAUAAAUUUACGUAAAGGUGCAAAAGCUGAUAAACGGCCAAAAAUUUUGUGUGAUCGAUGUGGCCUUAAUUUAUAUAAUAAGAUCAUUAAACUCAAAUUUACUGAUAUAAGAAAGUCCGGCAACCAUGGCUCACUGUAUUAGAGUUUUGCAUGGCCAGGGUAGCAGGACCCGAACCGUACUCUUGGAUAUUCAACAAAGAUGCUUCAGCGUGUCACCCCUCGCCGCAGCAGCUGCUCAGGUUGCUAUGUCGAAGCUCGACAAAGCACCUCUGCCUUACGAGAAGUUGACGAAAAAUUUGGAAGUGGUAAAGAAGAGGUUAGGUCGGGACAUGACCUUGUCUGAAAAGGUGCUCUACUCUCAUUUGGAUGACCCUAAAGGACAGGAGAUUGAGCGAGGCACCAGCUACCUCCGCUUACGGCCAGACCGUGUUGCCAUGCAAGAUGCCACCGCACAGAUGGCCAUGCUGCAGUUCAUCUCAUCUGGCUUACCCCGUGUCGCUGUACCCUCCACUAUCCACUGCGAUCACUUGAUUGAAGCACAAGUCGGUGGUGUUAAGGACUUGGCUAGAGCAAAGGACUUGAACAAAGAAGUAUACAAAUUCCUGGAGACAGCGGGAGCUAAAUACGGUGUGGGCUUCUGGAAGCCAGGCUCCGGUAUCAUCCAUCAGAUCAUCCUGGAGAACUACGCAUUCCCUGGCCUGCUGAUGAUCGGAACUGACUCCCACACACCCAAUGGUGGAGGACUUGGUGGACUUUGCAUUGGUGUGGGAGGCGCGGAUGCCGUGGACGUAAUGGCGGACAUACCUUGGGAACUGAAAUGCCCUAAAGUGAUUGGUGUCAAACUUACUGGUCAAUUGAAAGGCUGGACGAGUCCUAAGGAUGUGAUCCUGAAGGUAGCGGGCAUCUUAACAGUGAAGGGAGGCACUGGCGCUAUCGUGGAGUACCAUGGGCCUGGUGUAGACUCCAUCUCCUGUACUGGAAUGGCCACUAUUUGCAACAUGGGGGCGGAAAUUGGCGCCACAACCAGCGUGUUCCCCUACAACUCUCGCAUGGAAGCGUACCUUAAGUCAACUGGCCGUCAUGACAUCGCCGCCAAAGCUAAUUCCUUCAAACAUCUGCUCACCCCAGAUUCUAAAGCACCUUACGACCAAUUAAUCGAGAUCGACCUAUCAACCCUGGAGCCCCACGUGAACGGUCCCUUCACCCCCGACCUGGCCAACCCCAUCUCGAAGCUGGGCGACGUCGCCAAGAAGAACGACUGGCCGCUGGACAUCCGCGUCGGCCUCAUCGGCUCCUGCACCAACUCCUCCUACGAGGACAUGGGCAGAUGCGCUAGUAUUGUUAAAGAGGCGAUAGGUCACGGUUUGAAGUCUAAGAUCCCGUUCAACGUGACCCCCGGCUCGGAGCAGGUCCGCGCCACUAUUGAAAGGGACGGAAUCGCUCAGACCCUAAGGGACUUUGGAGGAACUGUGUUGGCGAACGCGUGCGGUCCCUGUAUCGGCCAGUGGGACCGAAAAGAUGUGAAGAAGGGAGAGAAGAACACCAUCGUGACGUCAUACAACCGCAACUUCACCGGCCGCAACGACGCCAACCCCGCCACCCACUGCUUCGUCACCAGCCCCGAGCUCGUCACCGCGCUCUCCAUUGCUGGUCGUUUGGACUUCAACCCGUUGUCAGAUGAGUUGACCGGCAAGGACGGCAAGAAGUUCAAGUUAUCUGAUCCCUUCGCUGAUGAGCUGCCCGCUAAGGGCUUCGACCCUGGUCAGGAUACCUACCAGCACCCGCCUGCUGAUGGCUCCAAAGUGGCCGUGGACGUGUCUCCGAGCUCCGACCGUCUCCAGCUCCUGGAGCCCUUCGACAAGUGGGACGGCAAAGACCUGACGGAGCUGACGAUCCUCAUCAAGGUGAAGGGGAAGUGCACCACCGACCACAUCUCCGCCGCCGGCCCCUGGCUCAAGUACAGGGGCCAUCUCGACAACAUCUCCAAUAAUAUGUUCAUUACGGCAACAAACGCGGAGAACGGUGAGCUGAACAAGGUGCGUAACCAGGUAACAGGUGAAUGGGGCGCAGUUCCAGCCACCGCGCGCGCCUACAAGGCGGCCGGCACGCGCUGGUGCGUCGUUGGUGAUGAGAACUACGGCGAGGGCUCCUCCCGCGAGCACGCCGCGCUCGAGCCCAGGCAUCUCGGUGGAAGAGCCAUCAUUGUUAAAUCCUUCGCCAGGAUCCACGAGACGAAUCUGAAGAAGCAGGGUCUGCUGCCGCUGACGUUCGCGAACGCCGCCGACUACGACAAGAUACAGCCCACGGACAAGAUCUCCCUGCUGGGCCUGAAGGACCUCGCUCCCGGCAAGCAAGUGGACUGCGAAAUCAAACACAAAGAUGGCAGCGUUGACCGCAUUAAAUUGAAUCACUCGUUGAACGAGCAACAAAUCUCAUGGUUCAAGGCAGGUUCCGCACUCAACAGGAUGAAGGAAAUUGCUGCCGGCAAGUGAACUUACCCCUAAUGCCUCUUGCACUGGAUUUACCCCAUAAUAGGGUAAUUAUAAUGCACCCCUAUGAGCCAUAUUUUAAACUUUAUUCUACAAUGGUAGCUAGUAUAGCUAAUUUUUAACAGUAUUGUAGUCAAUUUAACACAAUAUAAAAUGCAAGAAAUUUAUUAUGAAUAUGGAUUGAGGCUAUUUUUUAAUAAAAAUGUCGAUUUCUCAAAUAAAAGUUUAAUUACCAAAUGAUGUUCGAUUGUGAUUUUAUUACCAGACAAUAUUUAAAUACUUAAGUAACAUUAAGUACUUAAGUAGUAGCUAAAUAGUAUAAACUCCAGUGCAAGUUAGAUAAAUGUUAUUAUAAAGAGCAUUUUAUACAGUUGCCCAACACUCAGGCAAUGAAUCUUAUAUACUUAGCUGUAGGAAGUACAAAACUUAGAUGAAAUUAGUUUAAGUUUGAACCUUUUUUUGUCAAUUUACAUGUUAUUAAUGAAUUAUGAAUAUAUUAAAAAUAUCAGUUAU